AUGUGCGACCCCAGCAACACCAGCAUCGAUGCCGCCCUUUGGGAUACGCGCAAAGAUCUUGACUCCCAGAUGGCUGGUCUGUAUGCCAUCAACGCGCAGCAUGAACUUGAUCGCGUUUGGGCCGCUCCUCGCACUGACUUGGAUCGCCUUGGGCGCGUUCGUCGCUUGCAUGCUCGUUACCGCGCUUUGGCACUUACCACAGUCGCUGCUGACUCCAUAGCUGUGCCCGAACCCAUGGCUUUCAUCCAUCCUGACCGCCAGGCCUUGAUGGAUUUGAUGCUCAACAACCCUUCGCCGUCGCCGGAGAGGCAAGUCAUCGAAUACUACGACGAGGGCGAUGGCAAUUGGGAGCAUGAUGACCUCCAUCAGGACGCUGAUCACGAGAUUGAAGGCGCUGUCAUCUCGACAGCGUUGGUUCGUCAGCGCCCUUCAGACCCUCGUUCGCGUUCGCGCUCGCCCACUACCAGUUCCCACGGUCCUCGCAAUACCGCCUCCCGUUUCCACGACCGUUCCGACACCGCUGUCGGCAACCGUCGUAACAAUCAGCGCCAGCAAGGUGGCAAUGAUAACAGCAACCGCACCAAUCGGGCUACUGCCGCCAAACCUCAACAACCUUCUCGCCCGCGUUCGCGUUCGCCAGUCUCCAUCCCUCGCGGUCCCCGCAGCACCCUCACGCAAUUCCGCGACCGUUCCGACAGCACUGUCAACGACCGUCGCAACAACCAUUUGCAGACUUGGUUUGAUCCCUCUCGCCAGAGCAACGAUCAAUCGCAAUCCUGGGCUCAGCAGCCCUACCACCCUCAAGCUCCUGCUCCCACGGUCGACCCCAACUAUCAAGCCGCGUUGGACACCACUAGGGCAGUAUUGGAGAACCUCGUACAUUCUGGUAGGCAAGCCCCAGGGUUCGGCUACAUUGUCAACUUCGGUGCUCAAGCUCCUGCUCCCACCGUCGACCCCAACUUACAAGCUGUGUUGGACUUCGCCAAGGCACAGUUGGAGACCGUCGUACGUGGGCAAGCCCCUGCCAUCCAGCCCCAGGUGGACUCCGGCCCCGGUGGAUAUGGUGGUGGUCCUGAAGGCCAGCGAGGCUUUGGCGAUCAGGGCGGCUAUGGAGGUCCCGGCGGCUUUGGAAGAGGUCAAGGUGGACAUGGCCAAGGUGGUUCUGAACAGGGUGGAGAUGGCCAGGUUUGUCAAGAUGGUCAGGAUGGCGACCAUGGCCAGGUUCGUCAUCGUCCUCGUCGCGGCCGCGGUGAUCUCUCGAUCGUCUUUGGCUCUGCUCUUGUGGUCUGCUUCGGUGGAUUUGCCGUUUGUCUGCUUGCCCGGUUUCACGGUGCCCGUCUACUUGCCCGGUUUGACGGUGCCUUUGUCUGCUUGCCCGGUUUGACGGUGUCCCGUCGAUUCACCAGCAACCACAACAGCAUCUCUGGCAUCACAACUCCCUCGAUGCUUACCUACGCACAAGGUCAAGUGACCGUAAUAACAAUAACCACAACUACGACCACAUGGACCAUGACCACCUUCAUGGCACGACACGCUCCUAUGCCGGCUACUUGGCAAGCACAAUCUGCACCUGCGCCACAACGAAUGCUUCAUGAUAUCAACAACCGCGAUGCCUUCAAGAAGAAGAAGAAGAAGAGGGGCAAGCAUCGCGGUAGCCAUGGCAAACAGCCGAAGAACGCGCACAACCCCUGCGGUGCCGGCAAUCAUGGAAGAAGAGGCGGAUCAGGUACCCUCGGUGUCUUUCUUAAUGUAACACAGCAGUCACAACCAGGGCAAGUGCACCAACCCUACUGUUGUCACCCGCGGCGCAUACUGUCGCAGCCGCCCAUAGUGACGGACAUGGACAUGAACACGCAUUGUAAAGGAGUGGAUGGAAAGCGGGUUGAUGAUGGUGGGGUGCAGCUGCGCAGGCUUGACCGGAGUAACGCUGGAGUGUCUGUUCCUGUUCGUCCAGGUGUUGAAAGUAUUGAGCCUGCAUAA